AUGGACUCCCAAUUGAAAGAUACCAAUGGACCAGGAAGCUCAUCGAAAGUGUGCAAUGAGAAACCAGUAGAUCUCACUCCCACACACUCAGUGGAUGAAGGUCAGAUAGACUCCGACGUGGAAGGAUUUGGGACAUUGCAUCGAACAUUAACCCCACGGCUGAUCCACAUAAUAUCCUUGGGUUCCAAUGUCGGAAGUGGCUUAUUCAUUGCGACGGGGAAGGCCCUGGCUGAGGGAGGCCCAGGAAACAUGUUCAUAGGUUAUUUAAUCGUCUGCAUCGGAGUUUGGGCCAACCUGCAAACAUUGGCUGAGAUGACAAUUGCUUUUCCCACGUCAGGCAAUUACAUCGACUACGCCGAUCGAUGGGUUGACCCAGCAUUGGCGUUUGGUGCUGGCCUUGCGGAAUGGCUAGGAUGGACGUCUGUGUUUGCGUCGGAAGCGACCUUUUUCGUGCUUUUAGUGGGCUUCUGGUCCUCCGGAGCCAUUCCUGAAGCAGCUUUGCUCACGAUAUUUCUGGUCUUCUGUCUGGCGGUGUUCUUGGUGCCUAACAAGUAUUUUGGCUGGCUUGAAUACUUCGGCUCCUUGGUCAAGGUGCUACUAUUCUUCUUUAUCACCAUAAUCUCGCUGGCGAUAAUCGGUGGUGCCGGUCCAUCAGGGUAUGUGCGAGACGGAAGCACAUGGACGGACCUACCGGCCUUUAAGAACGGCUUCGGAGGCUUUGCCAACGCCGCACUACUUGCUAUCUGGGGCACCGGUGACCAGGUCUUCAUCGGAGUCAUGGGCGGUGAAGCCGAAUCUCCUCGCUACUCCAUGGCACAUGCAGCCAAUCUAGUUCCAUGGCGAGUGGCAGUCUUCUAUCUGGUUUCUGUGGUUCUUGUCUCGAUCAUUGUUCCCUCAGACGAUUCACGCCUCCUAGGCGGUUCCAGUGUGACUACAUCCCCUUUUGUGAUUGCCGUCGAAGAUGCAGGAAUCAGAGGUAUUCCCAGUUUAAUUAAUGCAUGCUUAAUUAUCGGGAUCUUGGCCAUCGCUCUAGAAUGCAUAUUCCUCCCAUCCCGCAUUCUCCGCACUAUGGCCCUCCAGAACCUACUACCCUCGUUCAUUGCCAAGGUCGACGAAAAGGGUCGUCCAAGAUGGGCACUUGCCAUUACUUCCGUUGCGGCAGUCAUACUUACCUACAUGAGCUUGAGCGCCGGUGGUCUCGAAGUCCUCAAUUGGCUCAUCGCCAUAACCAGCGCCUCCUUCUUCAUCAACUGGGCCAUCAUCGCCUUCACCUCGUUCCGCUUCCGCGCUGCCAUCAAAGCACAAAACAGCACCCUCCUAACAAGUCCAGCUUACGCAUGGCACUCCCCCCUAUGGCCACUAGGCCCGGUCACUGCCCUUAUCAUCUCAACAUUACUUCUCGUCUGUAUUCUCUAUCUGGGAAUCAAGCCAAUCGACGAAUCCUUCUCAGCAUAUAACUUCUUCUCGUAUACCAUCGGACUCAUUUUGAUUAUUGCUGCCACGGUCAUGUACAAGAUUGUCUUUCGAACCGAGUGGCGCAAUCCAGGCAGUGCCGAUUUGGAUACUGGAAGGGCGAUGUUGACUGCAGAGGAGAUUCGGCGGUUGGAUGUGUAUUAUGAGAUGCCGCGGUGGAGGCGCGUGGGGGGGUAUUUAAGGGUGUGGUGAUUCUCCGCUUUCCUCAAGCGGUUUUUUGUGUGGGUAUGUUAGGAUUGGGGCGUAGAUAGUUGUGGUGAUGUGUAAUAUGCUUGUUCCGAUAUACAUACAAUUAGUGCUGGGUUUGGGGAGGGAUUGAUACCAUUUUAGGUGUGCCGUACGUAUAUAAGUCUAGCCAUGCGCGAGUCUAAAUACCAUACCCAGAGGCGACUAAAGGGAAGUGAGAUGUCAAGUGCUAAUCUAAAGCGCCCUAAGUUCCAUCAUAUCCAUAUCCAUACGUCCAUCCUGAACCAUCCCAAGUAAAGGCAACAAACCGAACCAGUCCUAAAAACACCCGUACUCAUCACUCAUUACAAACAUAACAUACAGUAACCCAUAACCCAUGAAAACCAACAUGGUAUCAAAAAUCAAUUCAAACACUCUCCGCACUCUCCGCCUCCUUCCGUCUCGACUCCCUUCCCUUCUCCGACCACGGGAAAUGAAACACAGGAACAAGAAAGAAACUAUUACUAUCGUCCGCGAUACCCGCCAACGCAACAUACCAAGCCAUGAAGGCGCCCAGCAACGCAAACAGCCCACCAGCUUUAAUGAUCUUCGCGUUGGGCACCUCCGGCGCAGUGCGGUGAAUAUACCCAACUGCUAGGAGGAGGAGGGCGAUGUCGACGGCCGCGAAGAGGGCGCAGAAGACGUAGGUCGAUUUGAGCGUGCAGAGCCAGAGGAGGAAGGUGAAGAUGAACCAGCCC